UUUUUUUUUAAAUAGAACUUGUUUCAUUGUUGCAUCAUAACGCCAUAUUUAUUUCCAACGAGGUGCCCGACCUAAUUAAGAUUGCAGUGAAGCAAAAAAAACGAAAUAUUAAAAAAUAAACAAAAUAAUAAAUUCAUAUACAUACAUAAUGCAUAUCAUAUAUUAUUAGUACCAAUGUAUAAUCUUUACAUAUUUACUUAUCUAAAACGUGCUUAUAAAGUUCACGUUUCGUAUUCGACAAAAAGCAUGCCAAUAAACACGUGACUUGCAUCAUACAAAGUGUUUACGGACAACAAAUAUAUUAUCCAUUGCUUUCACAGUACGAUGACCUGCGGGUGAGUCUCGCGGCGCCAUACCAACUGCAACCGAAACCAGAGGCGGCAGAUCUCGGAUUCGGAAGAUUCUUCACAGAUCAUAUGCUCAAAAUAUACUACCACAGGGAGCUUGGAGGCUGGCAAAAACCAGAAAUAACACCUUUCGAAAAUUUGAGCUUGCAUCCCGCAGCAAAAGCUUUGCACUAUGCCGUACAGUUAUUCGAAGGAUUGAAAGCGUAUAGGGGUAGGGAUGAUAAAAUUCGAAUGUUUCGACCAGAUCUUAAUAUGGAGAGAAUGAAUUUAGCCGCCCAGCGAUCAGGCUUGCCCAUGUUCGAUGGUGAUGAGCUAGUGAAAUGUAUAAAGCGGUUAGUGCAGAUCGAUCAGGAGUGGGUACCCCACUCUGAGACGUCCACACUAUACAUAAGGCCAACGUUGAUUGGCGUAGAGCCAACUUUUGGUAUACAAGCGCCGGACUCGGCAUUAUUGUUCGUGAUCUUGAGUCCAGUGAGCGCAUACUACAAAAAGAGCAAAGACGGUGCCGUUUCAAUAUACGCAGACCCUAACGUCGUUCGGGCGUUCCCCGGAGGCGUUGGAAAUAGGAAAGUCGGCUCGAAUUAUGGACCCACCAUAGAGGCAACAUCGAGGGCGGAGAAACUCGGCCAUCAACAGGUGCUAUGGUUGUUCGGACCUAACCAUGAACUCACGGAGGUCGGCGCCAUGAAUAUUUUCAUAGUUUACAUCAACGAGCAAGGAGAUAAACAACUGAGCACGCCGCCAUUAAACGGGUUGAUACUGCCGGGUGUCACGCGGCGCUCUAUCCUCGAGCUGACCAGCCAAUGGGAGGACUUGGUGGUCAAGGAGGAAGUCAUUACGAUGAAUCGUCUUAUCGAACUCAACAAACAAGGAAGAUUGUUGGAGAUGUUCGGUGCCGGCACUGCGGUGGUUAUCAGCCCCAUCAGCCGGGUGGGAUUCCUGGACACGGACGUGAAUAUUCCCACCAUGCAGCAACCCCAGCCUGUGUACCAACGGGUUAAAGACACGUUGCUAGCGAUACAGUACGGGCAUUUAGAACAUCCAUAUGCGACGAUUAUAUCAUGAGUGUCGACCGCUAGGUACAUAUAACUGUGUGCGAAUUAUUUGGUAUAGUGACAGUGAGAUAUCGUGAAAGAACGUUUACUAACCGAUUAUCGUUAUCGCGAAAGACUUUAUCAGAAAACGAUUAGUCUUUAAUGGGACGUGCUUCUGUAAGUUUUUAUUUUAAGGUAUUAUCAGGAUGUUUAUUGCAGGCUGUUUCUUAUUGCGAUAUUAAUUAUGGACCGUUAAGAUGUUAUCUGUGGUUCUUAAUAUGUGAAUUAUUCGUAAUUAGCGAAAAGAGACGGUGACAAUUGCAAGUUGUUUUUGCGGAACAUGUUUGAUUGAAGAGACACUCUAUGCCUAAUAAUAGUGUAAUUGUUUAUGUUAGGUAUUUACACGAUAAGUGAGGUGUCGCGACCUGGAGUAGAGGAGAAUGUAUGCUGUGAUUUUAAAAUGGUGCGCAUUUCAUUAUGAAUUGUUUUAUUUUCUGAUAUCGUUGACGUCAUUCUUAUUUAAACGUUUGCAUUUUCCUACUUUGUAAAUAAAUAUGUUUUAUAAGUGUUUUAAGGACGAUAUUCCUAAAAUUUAGGAAGUCAAUUGAUAUUUAAUCGUGCGUUUUGUCACGUAAUUAAAAAGAGAAACCAAUAAUACGUAUUACUGAUGGAUGUUAAUAUAGUGUUUAGUCGAGUUAUAAGUUUCGCAUAUACUUUUAGCGCGCGUGUUAUCAGUGAAAGUGCGUUUUUGUUUUAAUCUAUAAAAAUACGACGUAGUAUUACAUUUCGGUGCUAAAAAACUAGGUCACUACACUGAGGCGCAAAUCAAACAGAUGACAAUCUUACUACGCAAUAUCAAGGAAUAGUUAAAAAUUGUAUAUACCUAUUCCUCAUGUUAUAUAUUUGUAAAUACAAAUUACACUCAAUUAGUAAGACUUAGUUUCGUUUGUAUUUAUUUUAGACUAUGACUGAGUUGUAGAAAUCUCUCUUCGAGGAAAAUCGUCGUUUUGUUUAUAAGUCAUAUUAAUUUAAAUAUUGAUAUUAAGAACAUCACAGUAAAGAAUUGUUUGGCCGGCACUAAAGCUUUAUUUAUUGUAAUUUAAAUAGUUUUUUUAUAAAAACGACGUU